UCUUCCUGCUGUCAAGACUCCCGGCUGCACCACAGCGCCCCUCAGUGGUGGCACGGCGCCAGUGGGUGGGACACUCCACAUUCUGUCCAAUCACAGUUGUCCGACAGGGGGUGGAGUUAGUGACUCAGGAGAGGGACAAGCGGUAGAAAAUGGAUGUUUUAUGAGGCCUCCAGCAGGCAGGUGUCAGGUGACAACUAUGAGUCUUCAUCUCAACAGGAACAACAUCCUAAUGACAGCAGACAUUGUACAGCCAUGACUCCACCCCUCUUCUUCGCCAGUCUGCACACCUUCAUCAUCAUCAUCAUCGCAUCCAAGCGAGAGAAAAGCACCUCCCCCCUCCUCCUCCUCCUCCCCCCCCCGCCAACAUGGAUGCUGCCUGCAUGUAAGUCAAGUCUGCGCACACGCAAGACGGGGGUCACGAUGAGCCAAGAGCCGGCGAGCGCCCCCAGCUGGCUGAUCUCCGACCCCACAGCCUGGGCCAGCGGAGGCGGGGGUCCGACGGACAACGCCAGCACGGCGGCGGGCACCUUCCCCCCGGAGGAGUCGCUGUCGCCCCGCCAGCCGCCUCCGCCCGUCAACCCGUGGGACGUGGUCCUGUGCACGUCCGGCACCCUGAUCGCCUGCGAGAACGCGCUGGUGGUCCUGGUCAUCUGGCAGAACCCGGCGCUGCGAGCCCCCAUGUUCCUGCUGAUCGGCAGCCUGGCCUUGGCCGACUUGCUGGCCGGCUUGGGUCUGGUGCUUCACUUCACCUGCGCCUACCUGCUGCGCUCCGACUCCGCCCAGCUGCUGACCGUAGGUCUGGUGGUGGCGUCCUUCUCCGCCUCCGUCUUCAGCCUGCUGGCCAUCACCAUCGACCGCUACCUGUCGCUCUACUACGCUCUCACCUACAACUCGGAGCGCACGGCGGCGUUCACCUACACCAUGUUGCUGCUGCUGUGGACUCUGUCGCUGGGUCUGGGCCUGCUGCCCGUCACCGGCGUCAACUGCCUGGCGCAGGAGGCGGCGUGCAGCGUGGUGCGCCCGCUGACCAAGAACAACGUGGCCGUGCUGUCCGUCUCCUUCCUGCUGCUCUUCGGCCUCAUGCUGCAGCUCUACGUGCAGAUCUGCAAGAUCGUCAUGCGCCACGCCCACCAGAUCGCCCUGCAGCACCACUUCCUGGCCGCCACGCCGCACUACGUCACCACGCGCAAGGGCGUGUCCACGCUGGCCAUCAUCCUGGGGACCUUCGCCGCCUGCUGGAUGCCCUUCACCGUCUACUCGCUCAUCGCCGACUACACCUACCCGCCGCUUUACACCUACGCCACGCUAGUGCCCGCCACCUACAACUCCGUCAUCAACCCGCUCAUCUACGCCUUCCGCAACCAGGAGAUCCAGAAGGCGCUGUGGUUGGUGUGUUGCGGCUGCGUCCCCGCCGGCGUGGCCCGCCGGGCACGGACUCCGAGCGACGUCUGACCGCCUCGACCCGACCUUUUCCGGCCCGGAGGGGGUGGGUCCGCGCGGGAGUGUUGCUGGGCGACAGAGCGGACGGCCGCCAUUUUUCUCGUCACCGAGGUUUUGCCUCUCGUCUUCCUCGCCGGACGCGGUGCAUGCUUCCCCCGCCCUCCCCCGGUCUGGUGCCACGCCCCUCCGGUGCUCUGCGGGGGCUGCGUCACCUUCAAAGCUUCCGCCCUCGGCGCGGCUUGCAACUAAAAAUAGAUCAGCAGGUCCUCCGCACACGGAGACCAGAAAAAUGGUGGAUUUUUACUGGAGUCUUACGUUUGCACGUCUUUGGCACACCCAGGUUGUAAGAGCAUGUCGUGUACUUCUUAAAGGGACAUGCACUUUGUCUGGGGGAUGAUGACAACUAUGAUGAAGGUGCACAAGUCUAACACACGUAGUGUGUGUGUGUGUGUGUGUGUGUUGCUCGGUUCUUCUUCUUGACUUUCUAGUAAAACACACGUAGUGUGUGUGUGUGUGUGUUGCUCGGUUCUUCUUCUUGACUUUCUAGUAAA